AUGCUUGAGACAGAUUCAUAUGGAAAACAAUGGCGCAAUCUUCGCCGCAUAGGAACUCUAGAUAUCUUCUCUUCAAAUCGCCUAAACAUGUGUUUAGACACUAGAAGAGAUGAAAUCAAGUUUUUACUAGGGAAACUUUAUCAUGUAUCGAGACUUGGCUUUGCUAAGGUGGAGAUGAAGUCGAAGUUCAUGGAGCUAACACAUAACAUAAUUAUGAGAAUGCUUUCAGGGAAGCGUUAUUAUGGUGAAGAUACAGAAGGACCUGAAGAAGCAAGAAAGUUUAGGGAGAUUGUGGAAGAAACUAUGAGAUGUGCUCAAGCAACGAAUAUUGAAGAUUUCUUUCCAAUUCUAAGAUGGGUUAACUGCCAAGGGCUCAUAAAGAAGAUAAAAAUAGUUGGGAAAGAGAGUGACAUAAUGUUGCAAGCUUUGCUAGAUGAGCAACGUAAUGAUGAUUCGGAGACUAGAAACAGUACGAUCAGUUAUCUUCUUUCUUUGCAAGAAUUGCAACCACAAUAUUACACGGAUGAAAUUAUCAAAGGACUCAUUCUGGUUAGUGAAAUCACCAUUUCCUCGAUCUCUUUAUGUUAUUUCUUUAUGUCACGUUAG